GCUGUCCGGAUUUGGUGGUGCCCAUUGGCUCUCAGAGCAUCGUGGGCGUUCCUAGCCUGGCGGCAGUGGCAGCUUUGGACGCCGGAGAUGUUCUGGAUAUCGUGGAUCCGAUCGGCAUGCCACUCCUCAAGGUUGAGCUUCAGCUUCGACCGGGCCCUGAAGGUGCCCGCAUUCGUGGCCCCGCUACGGAGGCACCGCUCCUGGUGCUCCGGAACCUUCGACCGGAACCCCGGGGAUCGUUGCUGAACAUCAACGUCACGGGUUGGGUGAAUACAUCGGCUAUGGCCUUGGCUUUUCUGCAGACAUCCCCUGGAGGCCAGGAGAGGCUGGAGAUCUGCAGCCCCGACUUGAGCAUCUUCGCCUCCUUAGCGCAGGAGGCAAGCGGCAAAUUUGUUCUGAGAAGCGGCCGCGAGGAGAGCCUGUGUAUGAUCUUCCACAGCACCUUCCGCGAAUCGCAACACGAUGCCAUAACUGUGACUGAUGGCAACAACCAGGUGCUGUCAAGAACACGUGCCGCCGACUUGCAAGUUCCGGAGCCUGGCAGAUUUUGCAGCCUGCAGGUCUUUUCCGGAGUGGACCUUGGAGUUGUGCUAUGCUGCCUCUUUUUCAUGGAGGGUGCAGUGCUCAAGACCUUCGACGUACGUCCCCCUGAGGUGUCGAAGCUGUGA